AUGAGCCUUGGCGGUAGGUUUAAGAGGCCACCACCACCUCCCUCACCGCCUGCUGCCUCCUCACCUGAAGCGCCGGUACCGAUCAAACUGUCGGCCAAGGAGAAGAUCGAACAGAAGUGGCUGCUGGCGGAAGCUAACUACAAAGCCAAGUGGCGACCGCUCUUUCCGUGGCUGCUCCUCGUCCGAGCCAAGGAUGGGCACCCUUCGCUCAAGUGCGCCAUCAGCCGGGCGUUCGGGAAGGAGACCACGAAGUACUCUAACCCCGGCGAUGGCGCGCGCGACUUGCAGACUCAGACCAUGCGGAUACAUGAGCACUCGACCGUCCACCAAGAAGCUGUUGAGCGGCAGCUGGAGAUCAGUGAAGCGGUCGAGGGCAAACAAAAGCGGCUGGACGGAUUCACGAGGAGGGACGUGGAGGGCCGCAGGGUGAUUCGGCUGAUGCGCACGACGAACUUCAUCUGUAAGGUUGACGCACCGAUUUCCAUGUAUCCGCGGCUUGUGCGUUUCUUGGCUGAGCAGGAGACGCCAGACCUCCCUCAACAGUCGUACGGCGUGUACCUUACACGGGUGCUCGGCGCCUCGAUUGUUCUUCUGGCUGAGAGCAAGCACAAGCUGUACGAGACAGUCAUAUCGUACAAGUUUCAGUUUUGUCUUUUCUUCCUUCCGGACGUCCUCGCCAUCAUGAACGAGCUCAACCUCAAGUUCCAGAAGAAAGAGGUGGAUGUGACAGAGAUAGCCAAAGACAUUGACGAGGCUACGGGAGACAUGCGUCGGUGCUACCUUGAGUGCGAGGACAUCUUCGGAGCUGGCGAGAGCCCUGUGCUGUCGGAGUUUCUAACGCUGUACGGGCGGGGUGGGGGGAAAAAGGUGCGGGUGCGCGGCGUGGACACUGAAGGACAUCCCGUUUCCCGCGUCUACAAACUGCACGAGCGACACCUGAAAGGGCAUGUGUACGGCAGCACGUACAAGGAGUGCGAGAAGCUGUGCACCAAGUUUGCACAGGAAUGUGUGACCAGGCUUAACUUCCGCCUCUCCGAUCUCAGGAAGCUGGCACCCACGAAGCUGUUCCGAGCUUCCAAGUGGCCGAAGCAACGGCAGCAGCGCGACAGGAAGGGUCUGCGCAACUUCAUGAACACAACCGAGGCCUCCAGGCGCCCUGCCAAGGCACCAGUUUUUGCAGCAGCUGAGAGGAAGCGCAAGGAGAAAGAGCUCUCUGAAGAUGAGGUGCAGGAGAAAGAGGACCGCGUGUGUGAGUGGGGGGAGGAGCAGGAUUCAGAUCAGGAGGAGGGGUUUGCGGGUGCAGGCCAGGAGGAUGCCUCAGACAACCCGUUCCUUUCGGAGAACGAGGGAGAUGAAGCCGACGAUGGCGAUGACAGGAUCGAGAUGGCUGCGGAGGGGACACAAGCGGAUGGCGGGAAAGAGGGGCGCGCGGGGAAACAGGAGGAGGAGCGGAAAGAGGAGGACGAGGAGGGGAGUGGUAGCAGUUCUCUGGAAGAGCGGGUGAAUGCGAUUGACGGCAGUGGGGGAGAGCAAGCGGAGGAGCGUGGGGGAGUAAAUGGGAGUGAGGACAGAAGGGAGCACGGGGACUGGGAGGGGGAUGGGCGGGAGGAGGAUGGGCGGGAGGAUGGGCGGGAAGAGGAUGGGCGGGAGGAGGAUGGGCGGGAGGAUGGGCGGGAGGAGCAGCUCGCAAUGGUUGGCGCUAUGCUGGAGGGUGGGUGGCCGGGGCAGGAGAUAUCUUGGCGGGAUGCGGGAGAGCUGUGGCCUAGGCUUGGCAAAAGGGGGAGUGCUGUGCGGAAAGGAGGAUUCGAGGGGAAGGGGGGAAAUGAGGGGGAAGGGGAGGUUGAGACGGCAGGGGUAAGUGACCGGGGGAGAUUUGACAGUGGCGCUCAGGGGAAGGCGGAAGCGGAAGGGGAGGUUGCGGAUGCGGGGGGUUCAGUUGGGGGGAAGGGGGACGAGGAGAGCGACGAAGUGGAGGAGGGGGAGGCGGAGAAAGGGAAGGGGGAAGGGGAAGGGGAAGGGGAAAGGGAAGGGGACAUGAAAGUUGAAGGGGAUGGGGAGGGGGAAGGGGAAGCGGAGGAAGGGGAAGAAACAAGAAUUCAGGGAGUAAGGGGAGAGGUGAGAGUUAGAAGAGGAGGGGAAGGCCUGGGUAGAGUGAAGGCCGGGGGGGAUGUGGAAGGCGGGGAGAGUGGUGAGCGAGAGAGGAGGGAUGGGGAGGAGGAGGAUGGAGAGGGUGGGGAGGAGGAGGGAGAGGGCGGGGAGGAGGAGGGAGAGGGCGGGGAGGAGGAGGGAGAGGAUGGAGAAGAGAAGGAAGAGAGUGCAGAGGAGGAGGGUGAGGGUGGGGAGGGCGGGUACGAGGGAGAGGAUUACUAUGAAAGACGAGGCAAAGAGGACGAGGAGGGCGAGGGGGAAGAAGGGAAGGAGGAUGAUGGGAAAGAGCUCACGGAGGGGGUUUUAGGUGAUGAUGAACGGGAGCGAGAAGGGGAAGGGAAAGGGGGACUGGAUGAUUAUGAUCUUGGGGAAGAGGUGAAGGGGGAAGAGGAGAAGGGGGAAUAUGAGAAGGAACUUGUGGAAGGGGGAUCAGGGAAAAGGGAAAGAGUUGGCGAAGGGGAAGGGAAAGGGGGGCUCGAUGAUUAUGAUAUUGGGGAAGAGGGAGAAGAGGAGGAUGGGGAGGAGGAGGAGGAGGAGGAGGAGGAGGAGGAGGAGGAGGAGGAGGAGGAGGAGGGUGCGGAGGAAGAAGGGGAGGAGGGAAGCGAGGGGGGCGGUGGGGGGUAUAGCAGGAGGAACACUGGGAAGGGUCAUGAGGGAGAGUCGGAAGAAGGGGGAGUGGGGGCGAGAAAGAGCAGCAAUGUGGGCGCGCGGAGUGUUAAGGAGGCAAAAGGGGACGCAGAGGGGGAAGCGGAGGAAGAAGCGAAGUUUGAGAUACAGAAAACAGGGGAGGAGGCGGGGGGAGCAGAGGAGGAGGAACUAGAAGACGAUUUGGAAGAAGUGGGAUUUGGGGCGGGACGGGGUGGCAGCCGCAGUGGCAGCCGCAGUAUGGGCGACCUGGGCAGUCUCAUUGACUUGAAGGGAGUGGGUGCAGACAAGGAGGAGGCGGGGGAAGCAGAGGAGGAGCAACUAGACGAUGAUUUGGAGGAAGCCGGGUUCGGGGCGGGACAUGGUGGCAGCCGCAGUAUGGGCGAUUUUGGCAAGCUUGUUGGGCUGCAGGGAGAGGGUGCAGACAAGGUGCGAAGCAAGCCCAAGGCAAAGCCGGCGAGUGGGAAGGCAAAGAAGAAAAAGAAGGCAGACCGAGACAAGGAGAAGAAAGAGCGGCUGAAGGCUCUGUGGAGGAUGCGACAUGCAGCAGCAGCAGCAGGAGGAGGAGGAGGAGGAGGAGGAGGAGGAGGAGGAGGAGGAGGAGGAGGAGGAGGAGGAGGAGGAGGAGGAGGAGGAGGAGGAGGAGGAGGAGGAGGAGGAAGAGAAGAUGCCUCUGAGCCGCCCUUUGACCCGCCGGAGCCGAGGUGGAGGCCCGACAAGGCGUGUGCCAACGUGGCAGAGAUGGGCGAGGCAACAGCUGGCAGCACCGAUGUGGCUAGUCUGAAGCUGCGGCGAAUGAUUGAGCGACACCUGGUGGUGCACGGUGG